CGCAAAUGGUCUCGGGAGCAGAAGGCGGCUGGUAUGGGCUCGCCUGUCUUCAACUACAUGGCCUCAAACACCAUCAAGACGCCUCCUGUCGGACAACCACCGUAUCAGGUAUCCAUAGAAGAGCGCAUGCGUUGGGCGCAGAUUGCUGAAGCAAUGGCUCAGGCUAAUCAUUAUGCGCAGCCUGACCCCGCACAGACGAUGGCUACCCGUCCCUCCUCUGCCAUGUUCGGAGGAUAUCCAACAUUGCCGCCGGUACCCUUACCCAGAAUGGGUAUGCAUGGCCAUCACACGAGUACGAUGAACACGGGCACGUCGCGACCCAACACCGCCUCACACCACAACAUGUAUG